AUGCGUUCUGGCGAGAAAUCGCUACAAUAUGACCGACUCGCGAUGACCUUUCAAACCUCCAUUCAUUCGUCCACCGCGCCAUUCUCCUCCGAUCCGACCUCUGUCCCCUCCUCCUCUCCCUUCGUCGAACAGGAUGGCUGGCGAGGACACCCCCCUCUCGCAUUCAGACCCCAUCCCGAUGGCUCACCUACCUCGAUUGUCAUAAAUAUCAAUGAUGGCGGCGCAACUGGCCGUGGCAUCCUUAUCGGGUUAUUAUCUGCGUUUGGUUCCGCGGGUGUUGUGGUACUUGUUCUUUCGAUUUUCUUUUUCUUCAGAUAUACCUCUCGCGGCCGCAUUCUGUUGGAUCGGAUAGGCCGGCCUGGCGAAUUUGACGAUGAGCAAGCGUUUGCGCAGGAAGAGGCCGAGGCCUUGGAGACGAUGGACGAAUUGCAGAGGGCCGAGUAUUUGAGGGCAAAAGCAUUUAUACAAGCGAAUCCUCCAGAAUCCGUACAAACCGAUAUAUCAUUGUCACAAUUCCUGGCGAUUCAGGAGAAAGGUGUUUCGGCGUGGGAGUUCGAGCCAGAACUGGAAAUCGCCAACUGCUUCGUCGAAGCAAGGACCGAAAUCGAGUUCUUCGAUUCAGAGUGCAGUGUACAGAGCAAUCUGCCUGUACCAAAGCAAAAUGAAGUAUAUUACUGGGAGGCUAAGAUCUACGAUAAGCCUGAGAAUAGCCUGAUCAGCAUCGGUAUGACCACGAAACCGUACCCUCUGUUCAGAUUGCCUGGUUUGCAUAAAACGUCGGUGGCAUAUCUUUCUACGGGACAUCGACGCUACAACCAACCGUUUUCCGCCAGCACGUAUGGUCCGCCCUAUGUACAAGGAGAUGUGAUUGGGGUAGGAUACCGACCUCGAACCGGGAGUAUAUUUUUCACACGCAAUGGGAAAAAGCUAGACGAGAUUGCGCACAACCUAAAGACCCAGAACUUCUUCCCGACUGUGGGCGCAAAUGGACCCUGCCAUGUUCAUGUGAAUUUUGGUCAGAUGGGCUUUGUCUUCAUCGAGGCAAAUGUCAAAAAAUGGGGAUUGGCGCCGAUGACAGGAAGCCUUGCACCACCUCCACCUUAUGGGAGCGAGCAAGGUAGCAUCCUGCUCGAGACCGGGAGAGAGGGAACGCGGCAGUCACCAUAUGAGCCCGGACAUUCAAGAACACGCAGUGGUCUGGCGAGGCUUGGUCUUCCAGCUGGCAACCCUGGCCCCGUUCGUUCAGCCACGGAUAUAUCAUUGGCCCAACUGGCGCAUAUAUCGACCCAUGACGUUCCCAGCCAGGGCAACGCGCUUCUGGACAUCGCAGAUAUACAGAAUCAGCCUGUGGAGAAUACUCCUGCUGGACAGCAGAUUAUACCGCCCCCCGAGUAUAGCAGCCCUCCAGGGAGCCGGAGGUCAAGUGGUGACGGCGACGAAGACGAAAGACAAGAGCUGUUGCGUGAUCGCACCGGAGGACCGCCCAUUCCCACCUACGAUGUUGCUGUAGGCGAAGCGGCAGGACCCAGCCAUACAUGA